AUGUUGCCGCACUUGAGAGCUAUGGGUCGUGGGAGUGUUUAUCAACAGGAUAACGAUCCAAAGCACACUUCUCUCUUUGUCAAGGUGAGAAAAUUGACAAGUAAUCCGUAUUAUGUUGAGUUUCAGGAUUGGUUCAAGAGCCGUCGGGUCAACGUCAUGGAGUGGCCAAGUCAAUCUCCGGAUCUCAACCCGAUCGAACACCUCUGGGAGGAGUUGGAGAAACGUUGUGCUAACAAAAGAGCCAAGAAUUGCGACGAGAAGUUUGCCCAACUGCAGUCAGAAUGGAAUCAGAUCCCCAUGUCGACCAUCGACACUUUGAUCGACUCAAUGCCCAGAAGAUGCCAGGCAGUUAUUGAUGCCAAGGGCUUUGCAACGAAGUACUAG